CACCAAUUUUGCGGGGCGGACAAAACACCGGAAAUCCCGAAUCGAAUCCAAGCUCCUUUCUGUGUCGGUGCUGUGCAAUAGUGUGUUCUGCGUAGUUCCCGAGUGAAGAAACCGAUGUGCAAUAGAGUCUAAAGCAGCAGCAGUGGAAGACAAUCGUCAGGAAGUACGCAAUUGAGAUGCGUAUCGACUGGUCCUUGGUGCACCGCUAGCAAAGGAUUGACCGUCGGCAAAUCGAUUCAUUAGGACCUGCACCGGUGCAUGCUUGACGGAUACUGUUAGCAACCACAGGAUUUACUACAUCGCGCGCACCAGCGCCAGGGACUGUCACGGACACAGUGGACGCGAAGUGACCACAAUGAACGUACCGCAGUAUCCACCGCCGAAUGGCUGCUAUACGGACAUUAAGCAAGGCAUCCUUGCGUACACGAUGCCCUUGCGCACGGACCUUGGCGAUAUACCCGGUCCACCAGUAGGCCUGCUGCCGGAGACGGACGAGAGCAAAGGCGGGAGCUCCAAGAAGAAACGCCGAGCUUACGUGAACGAGAGUGAAGAGGCCCGAGCCCGCCGUUUAGCGCGCAAUGCCGAGCGAAUGCGACAGAAGCGUGCGACAGAAACGGAAGAGGAAUACCGGCUGCGGUUGUCCAAGAACGCGGAAAGCAAUCGGCGGAAGCGAAUGAAUGAGACUGAGCUGGAGCGAACCAUGCGCCACGCACGGAGUGCCGCCCGGGAACGGCUGCGGCGAGCAAUGGAAACACCGGAGCAGCGCGCCGUGCGGUUGGCCAAACUUGCGGAACGAAUGCGGGCUGCGCGGGCAAACGAGACAGCGGAGCAGCGGGCGGUACGCUUGUCGAAGAAUGCUGCCAAGGCGAAGGAGCGUUUGCUGAAGGAAUCGCCCGAACAGUGGAUCGAGCGGAAGCGCAAAAAGGCAGAGUACGCACGUCGCAAGCGUAGUGGCCAUAGCCUGCAGAACAGCUCGGCCGGCAGUAGCAGCAGCAACGAUGCGGCCAUACACAGCGUGCUACCCAAUGACCCGACUUCAUUCGGACAGGUGACUGCGUCGCAGCUGGCCCACGGUUACUUGCCGCACCUCGACCACCAUCAUCACCACCACCACCAUCAUCUUCCGUCGCUUACGGCCACCGACAACCCGCCGGACGUGAAAGACAUUAAACUGAUAGCGUCGCCGAAGCAGGAUGGGGAUAUGCCGGAGCACAUCUACAGCACACCGCAGCUCCCGUUCCUGUCGGCCGAGCUGAAGCCACCCGAAUUCGUGAACGGCCAUCUGCCGCCUGACCUGCAGAGCACCAGCAGCGUGUACAAGUUUCAUACUCUACCGUACUCGAUGCCGGUGAGCGGGGCCAUCGUCGCAACAUCGACGCCGUCGCAGCAUCUUCACGCCCCUCCGGCGGAGUACAAGAAUGGCCGGUAUGUUGGAGGAGUACCACGGCGAAAUAUGAAUGGAUUUUUCCAACUCAACGCGACGUACUACAAUGAGUUCAAGCAAGAAGUGGGCACCGGAGCAUACGCAGGUGCACCAACUCAGCAAACGCAGCAGCAACAUCAGCAGCAGUCCAGUACCGUCGCUGGCUCUGGCCAGAUAGAUCCACUAUCCGCAGAAGCACUCACCAAAAACCAGCGACGAUUCCUCAAGGAAACGGAAGAGUCACGGGCAAGGCGCCUGGCUAAAAACGCGGAGCGAAUGCGCCAGAAGCGGGCGGCCGAAACGGAAGAGCAAAGCCGGAAGCGUAUGGCCGAAAACGCCGCACGUAUGCGACGGAAACGGGCGGCCGAGUCCGAAGAAGACUAUCGCCAGCGGAUGGAACGUUACGCAGCGUUCAAGAUGACCGAGGACUAUCAGCGGCGGCUGGCUGAGAACGCCGAGCGCAAUCGGCGGCGAAGACAGAACGAGUCCGAGAUGGAGCGGAGCAUCCGCCGGGCACGGAGUGCUGCCCGGGAACGCUUGCGGCGUGCAAUGGAAACACCGGAACAACGGGCCGUGCGCCUGGCGAAGUUGGCCGAGCGGAUGCGGAUAACACGCGAGCGACUGUGGCACACGAUCGAAACCCCCGAGCAGCGAGCGGUGCGAUUGGCAAAGUUGGCCGAACGGAUGCGCGUUGCCCGGGCAAAUGAAACCCCCGAACAGCGAGCAGUGCGCCUGGCGAAGAACGCGGCCCGCGCACGGCAAAGGUUUCUGAACGAAUCGCCCGAACAGUGGAUCGCACGGAAGCGCAAGAAAGCCGAAUAUGCACGCCAGAAACGGGCGGCGGCCGGGGAUAUCGCCCACGGAAGCCAAGGCACCAGUUCCCACUUACACACCAGCCAACAUAAUGGCAAUCUGUCGCAGCAGCAACCAACUACUUCGCUUGAUCCAACGAACUUCAAUGUUGGACAAACCCCGACAACGUUACCGGAAACCCUCCUGCAUCCGGGGGUGAGCCAUUCAACGAACCUACCUAUGCCGAGUGCCACCUCGUAUGUGAUGAACCUGAAGGACAAUCACAAGCUGACGGUUUCGCCGGCAAAACAGGCUCACGGAACCGAACUACACUCGGACGCAGUGUACUCCACGCCAACGGGGCAGAUUCAUCACAUUUUCACCGGCGCCGAUAUCAAGAACGGGCAACAAUUGGUCAUGCAAACGGAUCCCAGCUGCCCCAACAGCUUGUACAAGUUCCACAUCCUGCCCCAUCCAUUUACUAACGCAGCAAUGGCCUCUGAUUUUCGUGCAGGCCGCGCGCCACUUUUGACGGGUGUGCUUUGUCAAAAGCAUGUGAAACGACGGAGGACGCGGUACCUGAGACGGAGCGUGCAAACCAUGAAUGGAUUCUUCCAAAUCCAAAACCCGUACUACAAUGAUAUCAAGCAAGAGAUUGUGGUCCCAUACGCAACAGCAGCAGCAGCAGCCGCCGCAGCAGCCGCAGUGGCCGCAGUUUCCGGAGCACCCCUGCAACAACAAACUGUCGUCCCGAGCCCUUCAACGGGUCCCACUGACGGCGGAGUGCUAGACGCACAGUUAGCGCUAAGCAAAAGUCAGCGACGAUUUUUGCACGAAAGUCCGGAGGCACGAGCAAAACGGUUGGCUCGGAACGCCGAGCGAAUGCGCCAGAAGCGGGCGGCCGAAACGGAGGACGAGUACCGGAAACGGAUGGCACAGAACGCGGAAAGGAUGCGCCGCAAACGGGCGGCCGAGACGGAGGAAGAGUACCGACGGCGCAUGCAGCGGUGCGCGGACAGCAAGUUGAGCGAAGACUAUCGCAUGCGUUUGUCAAAGAAUGCCGAGCGGAACCGUCGCCGAAGACAAAAUGAGACUGAGAUGGAGCGGACCAUCCGCCGGGCACGGAGUGCGGCCCGGGAACGUUUGCGACGUGCAAUGGAAACUCCGGAGCAGCGAGCCGUGCGCCUGGCGAAGCUAGCCGAGCGGAUGCGGGUUGCGCGGGCGAACGAACUACCCGAACAGCGGGCGAUGCGGUUGGCCAAGAAUGCUGCCAAAGCCAAGGAACGGCUGCAGAACGAGACACCCGAGCAAUGGAUCGACCGGAAGCGGAAAAAGGCAGAAUACGCGCGCCACAAACGAAGCGUCGGUGGUACCGCGGACACAGGCAGGCCGGGACUGUCUGGCUCUGCAUCGAGCAGCGUUAGUGCAAGCACCAGCCUAAGUGUAUCUUCUAAUGGGGACACGAAUGGGUUUGCGAUUGCCGGAAACCCCGUCUACAGUGGGCUCGACCUUCACCAACCCCUCGGACACCAUCCGACCGCGUCGCUGGUGACGUCCAUCCCGUCCACGGUAGACCUGAAGGACAUCAAGCUGAUAGCGACCUGCAAACCAACCAACGCGCUGCACCUUCCGGAGCAACUGUACGCCACUUCACACGUUCCCUUCGUUGGCACCGACCCAAAGCCACCCGAGUUUCUAACUGCCGGCAGCGUCCACAACGGUCCCCCGAUCAUGCAGCCCGAUCUCUACAAGCUGCACAUUCUUCCUUAUUCUUUCUCGUCCCCGGCGGUCGGUGUCGGUAGCGGUGCCAUGCAGCAGCAGCCGAUGCAAAUGGACUACAAAUCAAAGUAGCCGUUGUGAGACCACUACUGCGCUGCACGACAUGAAAGGCCGUUUUUCGCUAAUCUAGUCUACAGGGGGGAGGGUUUGGCAUAAUUUUCUUCUCUUCAUAUGCAUGAAUGGAUGUUCAGUUUUUGCAUUGCUAAAGAAAGGUAGAAUAAUUUCAAACGGUAAUGAACAUUAAUUUAACAACAGCACGUGGCCUAGUAACUUUCUUUCGUGGUUGAAUGAAACAAGAACGAACAGAAAAGAAGAUUGCCUGCUAAAUAGCAAUAAAUUAUUCUCCUUCAUUCCAAACGCACGGAUAAGUGUUACGCUGGAUUCUCGCUUCAGUUGGAAUGGGUCCGCUGAGCCAGAGUAGACUUUAUUCGCUUUUCUUUCAUUU